AUGGCCUCCCAAGACCCCUCCACCCAAGCCCCCCAGCACCCCCGCGACUGGGAAAGCGGCCUCUGCGACUGCUGCUCCCCCAUGGGAACCUGCUGCUGGGGCUUCUGGCUCCCCUGCUGCCUCUUCGGCAAAACGCAGACUCGACUCGCAGACCCCGCGCUCAAAGAGCACAGCUACCUGAACGGCAACUGCUGCCUCUACUACCUAACAGCGCAGGUCGGAUUCCACUGGGUGCUACUGAUGAUCCGGCGAGGCGAGAUCCGGAAUCGGUUCGGAAUUGAAGGCUCCGGAUGCGGGGAUUGUUGCACGUCGUACUGGUGCCCCUGUUGCGUUCUGAUUCAGCAUGAGAAGGAGGUCGAGGUGCAGAGUGAGCGGGUGCAGACGGGGUACCAGGCUCCCGCGGGCAUGGAGUAUCCGACUCCGGGUAAGACUAAUUGA